CACUUGUCGGACGGACGCCUCGGAGGUAUCACACAUCCAGCUCCGUAUUCCCCUUUAAACAGCGCCGCUCUUUUACGUGCCGCGUCCCUGACAGCCCGAGCACCUGGAGGAGCGCCUGGAGGGCUCGCUAUGCCCUGGCGUGCGGUCAUUCCCGCGGCUCUAAUCUGUACCACAGCACAGGAGGAAGAGAGAGAGAGAGAGGGAAAAAAGCUGCACAACGGGGCCUCUCAAAUUUCAGGGACUUCCAUGGGGAAUACGUUUUGCUUUUUUGUCACAAAUCCUGCAGGGUGAGAAAUUUUAACGUAUCGUAACGUGGACUUCCGGGACAAUCAGCGCAGGAAGCGGCUGACAGGAUUGCCAUUGCUCUCCGGUGACUGCUGCACCGUUUUUACACCUUCCUUCUAAAUAAGGAAGCGGGCUGUCUGACAUAUGACCGCCGGCCCAAUUUGGACUCUGCCAAAGUGCCCAUCAAAUCCCAUGAUCGCUCAACGCCAUCCAAUGAGGAUCUCCUUCUCCACCGUCUCACAUGCGGCAUGACAGCGCUCGAUUGAAGUCCCAGCAGAGUUGGCAUUGCAGUUCAGCGCUUCAGCUCUUGCGGGCUUGCAACUUUCUCUCCCCCCCCCCAACCCCCCUACUUUGUUUGAAGUCAGAGUGAUGUCAUAUAAAGAUGCGGAUGCGUGGCAAGGUGAUUUAGAUUUUUGGUGAGUGGUAAUCUCCACGGCCAGCGUUGCCCACCGAGAGGCGCGGAGCGGCACAACAUGAUAAUCACCACCACCGCCACCUCAAGCACUGCCGCGCUCUCUCCUUUUUCUUCUCCGCUCUCGGGCUUUCGUUUCAUGCCCGAAAUCCUGAUCUGCCUUCCAAAAAUAAGCCUGUGCCACCAUGCCGAAGAAAGAAAAACAAGAAGAGUGGUAUUUUUAGGACCAUUAAUUUUGACCACGUGCCCCGUAGGUAAACCGGAUGGCCAUUGCGCAAAGACUCCUCAUCAGUAUGUCCUACGAGGCCGGCACGCACUGGACGUUGACUGCGAUUGUUCUCCUGGGCUUCCUGCUGGGGAUUGUGUCAGCAUAUCCGAUUUCGAGCAGGACUAAUGCAACUUUACUGGAGAAAAGAUGGGAGACCCUGUUCUCCCGCUCCAUUCUGGGGAUCUCGGGGGAGAAAUCGGACCUGAACUGGGAGAGUGACUAUUUGCUGGGCAUCAAGAGAGUGCGGAGGCUGUACUGCAACGUGGGCAUCGGGUUCCACCUUCAGAUCCUUCCAGACGGCAGGAUAAACGGUGUACAUAAUGAGAACCAGUACAGUCUAAUAGAGAUCUCCACGGUAGAGCGAGGAGUGGUUAGCUUGCAUGGAGUCAGGAGUGACCUGUAUGUCGCAAUGAGUAGCAGAGGAAGGUUAUACGGCACGGCGGCCUUCCGGGACGAAUGCAAGUUCAAGGAGACUCUGCUGCCAAACAACUACAACGCCUACGAGUCUUCGGUCUACCAGGGAUUCUACAUGGCGCUCAGCAAGCAUGGCCGGGUCAAGAGAGGGAACAGGGCCACCACGGCCAUGACGGUCACACACUUCCUCCCUCGAAUAUGAGCUGAAGUCGCAAUAACUCACUAAUUUGCACAUGGGGAUCUUCCCAAGUUUGUUUAUAUAUAUAUAUAUAUAUAUAUAUAUACAUAUACAUACACUCACCUAAAGGAUUAUUAGGAACACCAACCUAAUACGGUGUUUGACCCCCUUUCGCCUUCAGAACUGCCUUAA